AUGCCAUCCCCUGAGAGAUCCACAAAGCGAACAUCGCCGUCAGCAGAACGCGAUUCAGAUCGCCGGCACCACCGCAGCCGCCAUGGCCAUGGCGAAUCUCAUUCGCAUUCGCAUUCCCACCGACACCGACACCGCGACCACUCGCGCUCUCGUUCUCCCCACCGAUCAGAGCGUCACCGUCGACAUGACCGAGAAAAGGGCGAUCGCACCGAGCGGAAAGACCGAGACCGUCAUGACCAACGAAGUCGAGACGCCCCAGCGCAGCCCGUUGUCCUCCCGCUCCAGGCGCGGGAGCUCUCACGGCGCGAUUUAGAGGCCUACGAGCCAAUGUUUGCAAUGUACUUGGAUAUUCAAAAAGGGAUCCUCAUUGAAGAUCUGCCAGAAGAAGAGGUGAAGGGGCGGUGGAAGAGUUUCAUUCGAAAGUGGAAUCAUGGUGAACUCGCCGAGGGAUGGUAUGAUCCUGCUACACUCGAAAGGGCACGCCAGAGUGCAGCGGAAUAUCAGCCCGGUCCGAUGGAGAGAGCAUCGCCGCAGUAUGAACGAGGUGAAUCUUCCCGUGGUGGAGGUGCGGCGCCACAGCCAACGGGAGAUGAUGACGAGGAUGAUGAGGAAUACGGGCCAACAUUACCGGUUCCGGGUUCUACGAGAGACGUCCCACAUUCUGGGCCUACUAUACCAAACAUGCAGGACCUCGAACUUAAGCGCGAAUCCGCAAUUGAAGACGCAAUCGCCGCCCGAGAAGACUCAAGACAACAAUACCGCUCCGAACUACGCUCCCACAAGGCCGAGGUGCGCCAUCUCGAAGAUGAAGUCGCCCCACGAGCCGAGCCUGGUACCCGGGAGCGACAGCUUGAGAAACGUCGCGAAGCUGCUGCUGCCAAUCGUGCCUUUGCCGAUGCCCGUGGAGGCUUUCCGGAAGCAGCUCCUGAUGCAGACCUCAUGGGGAAUGAUGACUUUGCGUCCCUCAAAAAAGAGAAAGAAAGGGAGCAACGGAAGAAGAAUGAGCGGGAAAUUCGACGAGAGGAAAUUAUGCGAGCUCGGGCUGCGGAGCGAGAGGAACGGGUUCAGAAGUAUCGUGAGAAGGAGGAGGAGACUAUUGGGUGGUUGCAGGCAUUAGCAAAGCAGCGAUUUGGUUAG